AUGUCACACUCGAACCGUCAUCACCCACCGAGUCGUGGCACACGCCGCGAACGCCCUCCUGACCCUCCGGAGGCCGCAGAGAACGCUCCGAAACCCCAGACCAGCACCGUAGAGCUCACGAAGACAUCUCCACACUCGAACCGCAUCCUCAAGAAGGGCAAAAUCACCCAUAAGCCCGAUGUCACACUGCCUGCCUCUGUACCUACGCCCCCUGCACCACAGCAUUCCACCCAGACUACCACCCAGACACCUGCAACACUGCAGACCCUCCUGGAGGUCUUAACCUCCCAGCUCGAGAGCCUCUCAAGAACGCUCUUGUCACUCGUCGCGCACAACCCAGAUUUUGCCAACGUGGAUACCUCCGGCGCACAGAAGGCUCUCCACUCGCUCUCGGAUGCUCUGAGAACGAAGGCAGCACCCACGACAACCACAACGAACACUGACAUCCAGAAAACAAACACCACCCCUAAGACUUAUGCCGCUGCUGUGGCAACCACGACCCCGUCACUCCGACCCUCACACUCAACUCGGACUGGCCAACGCCAGCCGCACUCCCGACGCAUCAUCAUAGCUCCUGUUGUGACUAAGGUCAAGCAUCAGCCUCCCCAUGACAUGCGGAACAGCUUCAAUUGGAUGCUGACGAAGGACACCAACGAGAUCAGCCGCUUCAACAUAAAGGCUGUUGCCGUCGAAUAUACACAUCUGGACAACAUUGCCAUCACCAUCACCCCUCCUUCCGCUGCUACAAUCCUUGUCAAUGACGAAGCCGCGAAGAACGACAUCAUCAAAUGGGCUAGGCGCAAGUAUGCCCUUCCAGAUGACGAACAGAUUCAAGUUACCUUGGAUGACCCAUGGCACCGCGUAGUUGUCCACAGUGUGCCAGCCAAGGGUCCCUGUGCCGGGAUGUCAGAUAAGGAUUUGACGACCAACUUUUUAUCGGAAUGGCUUGCGUUCAACCAACUUGCUCCUGCAAUUGGUGAAAUUCGACGAAUACGACCACUUGUUCCAGAUGCUGUUACCCGCUCUGGUGAUAAGCUCGCAACAUUCGAUUCAAUCUCCUGGUGUAUCGCAUUUCAACAAAAGAAGCAGGCCCAAUGGGUGCUUCGUAAUGGUUUGUUUCUUUAUGGGACUUAUUGUCGAACUUCGACCUACAAGCCACUGCUACGGAGCUCGUAG